AUGCCGAGCACGGAGAAGGGUGUCGAACUACCACCGGCUGACUUCAGCAGGUUUAGUGCAGAAAUAAUCGCCACUUUUCAACGCGACAGCCUAUAUAAAACAGAUCCGCGGAGCCAACAAGCUGACAAACAUAUUCAACGGCGCAACGUUUUAAAAGCCAUUGCGAAAAAACCCGAGAUACGGGCCUUGUUACAGCAGGCGUUAGUAGAAAGGAUGAAAUCCAACAAUCCUUUUUCACAAGAGGUGAGUUUCAUUCUCAUGACGCUCCUGUACAGCGGAUCGAGCCAUCCGCACAUUAUGCUGGCUGACAUGCUGCUCAACAUGUCCGCUGAGGAGCGCCUCGCUACGCACAAUUGGUGGGUAUAUCAGAAUGCAAAUGAACUUAUACAGGAUUCUAUGUCAACAGCCGUCGCGUCCGGCAACCUUAUAUUCCCUCUCUUUCCAGGCAAACAAAUGGACACCCAGAAUAGGUGCAUGAUGGACGAAGCUGUUGAAGUACAACGACCGCCAAAUACGGGGGCGACAAACAUGGAAGCACUACAGUUCCUUUACCCGAAAAGCCGCGCCUUUUUCGCCCAAUCUCCUCCUGCAACCAAUGCCCUCAGCGGAGGUGAGCCUUUCAUACCAGUAUUCGAUGGAAACAAUAAUCAAGCAGGAUACUGGGACGGAGCACCGGUUAAGGAUAGAUUUGACCAAUUAUACAAGGAGAUACAAUAUCUACGCUCCGAGUUAAAGGGUGUACGGGCUUCUGCUAACAAUGGAGGUGGCAACUAC